AUGUCAGCCAUUACUGCUGAGAAGGCCCCUACGGGCUCUACUCUCGAGAAGAAGCCUGUCAAGUUCAGCAAUCUACUGCUUGGUGCAGGAUUGAACAUGUUCGAGGUCACCACUUUGGGACAGCCGCUGGAAGUGAUCAAGACGACCAUGGCUGCCAACCGGGGCGACAGCUUCGCCGGCGCUAUGGCUCGGAUAUGGGGUCGUGGCGGGAUCCUCGGUUAUUAUCAAGGUCUCAUUCCCUGGGCCUGGAUUGAGGCCUCCACCAAAGGUGCUGUCCUUCUGUUCGUCGCGUCCGAUGCGGAAUUCCGUGCGAAGCGGCUCGGUGCCUCUGACAUCCUGGCCGGUAUGGCCGGAGGUAUGGCGGGUGGUGUUGCACAGGCUUAUGCGACCAUGGGUUUCUGCACCUGCAUGAAGACCGUGGAGAUUACUAAACACAAGAUGGCUGCUGAGGGCGUCAAGCCCCAGAGCACAUUCGCGACCUUCAUGGAUAUCUAUCGUAAGGAGGGCAUUCGGGGAAUCAACCGUGGAGUCAACGCUGUGGCUAUUCGCCAGACUACGAACUGGGGUUCCCGCUUUGGUCUCUCGCGUCUGGCAGAAAGCGCUAUCCGGAAGGUGACCAACAAGGACGAGAGCCAGAAGCUCAGUGCCAUCGAGAAGGUCAUUGCCUCCGGCCUAGGUGGUGGUCUCUCCGCAUGGAACCAGCCUAUUGAGGUCAUUCGGGUGGAGAUGCAAAGCAAGACUGAGGAUCCCAACCGCCCUAAGAACCUCACUGUAGGCAAGACCUUCAAGUACAUCUACGAGACAAACGGCAUCAAGGGCCUCUACCGUGGUGUUGCUCCUCGUGUCGGCCUUGGAAUUUGGCAGACCGUCUGCAUGGUGGCUCUUGGUGACAUGGCCAAGGAAGCAGUCGAAAAACUGACAGGUGACAAAGUCACCGCUAAGCACUAG